UCAAAACACAAACAAACAAACACUCCCUUAAUUUUUCUAGUAAAAAAAAAUGACCUCCGAGCAAGCUCCGGUGCAAGCUCCGGUGGAAUCCCCACUGCCCCUCGCCAAAUACUCGAAAAGGGUCACCGUGGACACGAUCUCCGGCCGCCCCGACGGCGGCGCGGGGCUGAUCGGGCGGAGGGUGGUCGUGGGAGGGUGGGUGAAGUCCUCCCGCGAGUUCAAGCUGGAGGCGCCGGCGCCGCCUCCGGCCGCCGGAGGCCCAAAGGACAUCAGCUGCGUGGAAGUCCUCCAAACAAAGCUCCCCUUUUUCCGGUCGAUCAUAAAGGUCUUCGGCGGAGAGCAGCGGAUCCGGGACAAAAUCGACUCUAUUAUCCCAAAGCCGCCGCAGCCGUCCAUCUCGAUCUUGGAAAUCGGCGACGGAUCCUGCGUUUCUAGCCUGCAGGUGGUGGUGGAUUCCGCCUUAGCUUGGCCGGCGCAGGUUAUGCCGUCCGGGACGUGCAUUUUAGUCGAAGGCACAUUCCAGAAGCCGUCGCUACCGGACAGGAAGCAGAAGCACACAAUUGAGCUCAAAGCCGACAAACUCCUCCACCUCGGCACCGUCGACCACGACCGCUACCCUCUCUCCAAGAAGCGCCUCCCUCUCGAGCUCCUCCGCGACUCCGCCCAUUUCCGCCCCCGCACCACCACCGUCGCAUCCGUGGUGAGAAUCCGAAACGGCCUCACACAGGCCGCCUUCGCGUUCUUCCGCGAAAACGGAUUCCUGCACGUGCAGGCGCCUGUGACCACAGUCACACACGCCAGCGGCGGCGGCGCCAGGGAGAGUCUGCUCCACGUGGAGACGACUCUCCCUGAUGGCGUCAAGGCGGAGACGAUACGGGCUUCGAUCAAGGAGAAGAGCAAGAAAAUUGAGGAAUUGAAGAGGAGUGGAAGCAACAAGGAGGCAUUGGCUGCUGCGGUUCAAGAUCUUAAGAAAACGACUGAGCUGGCUGAGCUAGUCGAAGGCGAGCAGAGGCGGACCAGGACUUACCUGUCCGCCUCUGGUCGCCUCCAUUUGGAGAGCCACGCCUCGGCUCUGGGGAACGUGUGCUCGUUCGGGCCUAGGUUCCGAGCAUGCUCUCCAGAGUCGAAGAAGGUGCUGGCCGAGAUGUGGAUGGUCGAGAUCGAAGUGGCCUUCUCCGACCUUGAGGACUCUAUGCAGUGUGCAAUGGACUUCUUGAAGUCCAUCUGCAGAUGGAUAAUGCAGAGCUCUGUAGAGGAUCUCAAAUUUAUGGAGAAGCGCGUUGACAAGCACGUCGUGGAUCGACUUCAACUGAUAGCCGAAGGCCCCUUUGAGAAGAUCACAUAUACAGAAGCAGUCAAGGUCUUGAAACAGGCGAAGAACGAGAGGAUUAUCGAGUGGGGGGCGCCUCUCUCCGAGGAGCACGAAUCCGUCUUGGCAGAGGAGAUCUACAAGAAGCCGGUGAUCGUGUACAACCACCCUAAGGAGCUGAAGCCGUUCAAUGCUCGUAGCAACGAUGAUGGGGAGACGUGUGCAGCGUUUGAUGUGAUUGUGCCGAAGGUUGGGACAGUGAUCAGAGGAAGCCAGAGUGAGGAGAGGUUCAACAUGUUGAGUGGAAGAAUCAAGGAAUUAGGCCUAGAGAAAAAGGAGUAUGAGUGGUAUCUUGAUCUUCGAAGGCACGGCACUGUCAAGUGCUCCGGUUUCAGCUUCGCGUUCGACACCUUUGUCCUCUAUGCCACUGGGCUCAACGAUGUCCGCGAUGCCACCCCUUUUCCGCGAAGCUCCGGACAACCAAAUAACUAGAGCAAGAUCAAGAAAAUGGCAUUCACCAGUCUCAUUACCCAUUACAUUGUGAAAAAUUAGGACAAGGGAUCAACACGUGUACAUUGUACAUACAUAAGAUUCCAAGAAUCAAAUACUACAAAAACUUGUCACAAA